AUGGCACCGUCUGAGGAGUCCAUUCUCACAAACUUUCUACUCUCUCCAUCUCCAUUGCCAACUGUUAUAUCUCUUGAACAGUUUACAAAGAUGUUUCCUAAGCGGCUGCAGUCUCAUCCUCAAAUUAGAACGUUGUAUCGUGACCUGCAAUAUCUCCGCGCUCAGGACAUCGACCUGGUUCAGGAGAACAUCCAAGCAGAAAUCAAGAAUGGAGAGAAGCAAAAGGAAGAACUAAAGAACGCUCAGCUAAACUCUGGAGUGGCUAGUAUGAGCCGUGACGAAAAAACUGAAGCUGACAUGGAUGUUCAAUUAUUCGGCCACAAAGACCAUUUGGUAACCAGGCCAGAGGACCGUCAUACCCUAAUUACGCUCUUAAUCGAUAUGGAACGAGCUUGUGCUGCUAUGGAAUCCAGUAUCAAGUCUAUUGAUACCGAAACAUCAGAACUUGAUAGUCAGAUUAAAGCCACUGUUGGUGAACUGAGUGACCUCCGGUACGGAAAGCUGAAUGCCCCUAGAGGAGGGAACACCCUAAGAGAUGAUGUUAUCAUGGGGUUGAAAAAUCUGGAAGAAAAUUGCAAUAGUGUUACACCACGCUGA